AUUUUUGGCACGGAUAGUAUUCACUUAGUGAAUGGUUUCUGUCGUUUAUUCAUAAUCUGAUGUCGAUUGUAAUCUUGGAGUUUAAAUGUUAAAUUCUCAACAGCUUAAGAGACCCACGUAUAGCCCGAGAGCGGGCUCACGUUGGAGCAAAAGUGCGCGCGGCGUAGCCUGCUCGUAGGCUAACCUAUGUACCGUACAACUGGCUGACGAGUAAGUUUUACAGACCAGUCCGAAAGAUUAUCGAUUGGUACCGAACUUCACUUGAUUCUUGACAGCGAAUUAGUCUAAAACAGGUGCCCCCGCAGGUGGCAAUGGAACGAAAACGUCUUGUUUUCCUUCUACGGGUGUAUCUACUGCGCUAUAAACCUGUUUUUCAAGGGCGUAUGAAACUCUUCCCUGGUAGCACUUAUAAACGUGUGGUUAUCGUUCCGCCUGAACGAACCCGUGUUACACACUCGCCGAAGUACCAAAGACAGCGACCAGGAAAGAAAUUUUUUAAAAUGCGAAAUCCUCUAAAGAAUUUCUGGGUAAUUCCGUGGUACGUAUUGUAAAGAGUCGUUUAUUUCGUUUGGAUAUGGCAUCUGUGGAGGUCGAAAAACUAUCAGAGCAUCUUCUCAAGUGCCCAAUUUGCCUGGAAACCUACACGACGCCUAAGGUUCUUCCUUGCCUGCACACGUUUUGCCAACAUUGUUUACAAGGACUAAUCAACAGUGGAGAAAACACCAUUAUAUGUCCUACGUGUCGAUGCGAGGUUUCCGUGCCCAAAGAUGGCGUCGGUGCACUAUCGACCAACUUCUUCAUCAACAACAUGCUGGACUUUCUUUCGGUUGCGAAGAGUAACUCGAACCCAGUUGUUUGCACAAACUGCGAGGAACAAAACAGGGCGACAUCCAGAUGUAUCGAAUGCAUGGAGUUCCUGUGUUCGCAGUGCGUGGCAGCACAUCGCAGGACUCGAAUGACUAAAGAACAUGAAGUUAUUGCCUUAGGUGACUUGCAAGCGCAAAAAGAAGUCCAGGAGAAGCUUCACAGGCCUCUGUUGUGCGCCGUCCACGAGCGCGAUGUGUUGAAGUACUUCUGCGAAACCUGUGAUGAGCCUGUUUGCCGCGAGUGCCUGAUUAUCGAUCAUCGAGAGCAUCAUUAUGGUUACUUGAAAGAUGUGGAUAAGAGACAUCGCUCCGAGGUUGGAGUCCUCGUCAUGAACACGAAAAAAAGAAUCGGUCCAUUAAAACAGGCCAUCGAAAAAGUAGCCGAAACUAAACAGAAGCUCGAUUGUAAACUGGAGGAAGUUCGGCAGCAAGUGAUGCAAAACUGCAAGCGAUGCAGAGAAGUCGUUUCAGAAAGAGAAGAAGAAAUUCUGACACAAGUAAACAACAUUUACCGUAUGAAAUCCAAAACUCUGGAAAUCCAACUCGAUGAGCUAGAGAUGAUGCUGGGGAAUCUAAACAGCAGUAUUGAUUUUACCGAAAGUCUCCUCAGGCACGGCAACGAGGCUGAAGUCAUGCUUGUAAAAAAGCAAAUGACUCAACGUUUGCAAGAUUUGAACAACACGAAGCUAGAGCACUUGCCAUUAGAGGAUGAUCUCAUCGACUACACAUUCUCUGCUGACGAGUUUAGAAAGGCUAUUGAGCAUAUCGGUGAGGUGAAGGUUUAUCAUGCUUAUCCGCCAUAUUGUUUUGCCACUGGUGUCGGAAUUCAUCGAGCCAAAUCUGGAUUGGAAGCAGUGUUUCUUGUUACUACUAAAGACAGAAUGAACGAGAUCUACAGCGGCAAAGGCGAACCAAUCAGCGUGGAGAUUGCCCCACCCGAGGGAGAUCCCGUACCAACGUACGUAAUUGACAACGAAGAUGGCACCUUUACGGUAUCCUACCAACCAAUAGUCCGAGGAGCGCACCAGAUUAAAAUCACCAUGAGAAACAUCAAUAUCAACGGCAGUCCCUUCACUGUUAACGUGACUGGAAGAAUGGACUUUGCUAAGGUUGGGAAAGUCCUGGCAUGCUUUGGCUGCGAGGGGUCUGGAGGAGGUGAAUUCAACAUGCCAUGGGGCGUCGCCAUCGAUGAUGAAAACAAUCACCUGAUUGUAACAGAUUGUAACAACCACCGAGUGCAGGUCUUUGACUUUGAGGGAACCUUCAUGUUCAAGUUCGGCUCAGAGGGCACGGAGAAGGGUCAGUUUAAAAACCCGAAAGGCGUCGCCCGCGCUCGUAACGGCCAUAUAAUGGUCGCAGAUUGCAACAAUCAUCGAGUUCAAGUAUUCAACGAAGACGGUCGAUUCAUCAGGAAAUUCGGCGUGUAUGGGGUUGAGCGACCAGGCCUGUUGAACCAUCCGUGCGGCGUGGUUUCCACUGCUGGGGAACUGGUGAUAGUGACGGAACAGGAUAAUCAUCGAGUGCAGUUAUUCAACAUGAACGGGGAGCCAGUGCGACAUUUUGGAACCCAGGGCUUUUCUAAGGGGCAGUUUAUAUACCCGCAUCACGUGUGUGUGAACCAGCGGGGGAGGAUCAUUGUCGCUGACUGCGUGAAUGAUAGGGUGCAGGUGUUUGACAUGGAAGGAAAAUACUUAUCCGACUUUGGAAAGGAAGGAUCACAAAACGGCCUGUUUGACGGUCCCGAGGGCGUGGCCUGUGAUGAUGAAGACAACAUCUUAGUGUGCGAUUACCACAACCACAGAAUUCAAGUGUUUGAUACUAAUGGCGAAUUUGUGAGUGCGUUUGGUACGUUUGGCGAAGAUGAAGGCUGCUUUAAAAAUCCUUGUGGUAUCGCUGUAACUAAGGAGGGCAACAUUGUUGUUGUCGAUAGCGGGAACAACAGAAUACAAGUCUUCUAGAAACACUGAACUGAUUAUGAGAGGCGUGCCUGGCCCCUGAGGCGAGAACUGGACUUGAUAUAAAGUGUCAGGUCUAUGGUUAGCUUCAGCAACUUCAACAAUAUAUUCAGCAACGUUGUAAAGUGGUCAAAUUAUUGAAGAAAGGUAGAUUAGAUUGUAUCCUAGUUACUGAGAUUUAAGAGAUGCAGAUAUACAAGCGAACGAUAAUGAACUCUCCGAGUCAGCGAUAAAACAUAUGAAGCGUGAACUGUUAAAUUCCAUACUGAAGAAUAAAGUGUCGACUUUCAGGCUAAUCUCCGAACAUCUCAAUACCAAUAGGAAAAAAAACUCACGUGUACGGGCCUGUACAGCACGAAAGCAAGUGCUUGUGCGAUUUUUCGUGGUUGGAUGGCUCGUUCAAAUUAUUUCCCGUUCUUUUAUGACAAGGCAAAAUCCUACCAGCGUAUUUUCCAUAAUUUGUCGGAACUUCCAUCCUUGUAAAUUGGAGUUUUGUAAAAAAUAAUAUGUUAUCGAAAAAUGUAGGUUAAUUUGACUGUAAAUUAUAAUGUUGUUAGUAUCACCACAUUUAUCAUAACAGAAAAUCUACAUUUUUUAAUACAUGUUAACUUUCGGGAAAAUUAGUAUUUACAUCAUUAACCCCUAAUUGAUUAGUUUCUAUUGGCGCCCGACAGUUUAACCCAUUGACUUUUGGCUCUUAAUUAAAAUAUCGUGUAAGGUUCUAGCUCUGAGCUAAACAAACUGACAUGAACUGAUAAAUGAAUGCCAUCGCCAGCACCUAAUGACCAGACUUUUGUUCCUGCUCUCUAUUCCUCAACGGCAGAGUGGCGGCGAAAACGUUAGGCCUGAUGGUACUAUACUAUACUAUUUCUACAGGAGAGAAAACAGUUCCUGUGACCGAGUUAUACAUAGAGCAUUGAUUAAUACUACCAGCUCUAAAACAUGCUGUCCCUUAAAACCAAUCGCGACCUCCUUUGCGCGAAUUAGACCGUGACGUAUAUUUUCUCUUCAAAUUCUGAUUGGUGCGGGGGAUAAAUUGCAUCUAACGUCAGUUACCAGAAAGGACUUGUAUCCUAUCACGAAAUGAAGACUACAGUACACUAACACUCCAAUACACUGUGCACUCUGUUCAUUUGGUGCGUACAUGAUGUAGUACUGCAAAUUGCCAUUUUUCUCGAUUCCAUGAAACCACGGGGAAAUUUUGAUACAACGGUCAACUGAAUUGAUUACUGGGCACCAUUUGUUUAAUAUUUACAUUUGGUUAUACACCCUUUUAGGGCUAAAUG